AUGGUGCGCAAAGCAGUCGGACUCUCCAAGCUCGGAACAAGUGGCUUCUUGCCCCUGACCGAGCGCAAGCAGGUCUUCCUUCCCGAAUUCACAAUCGCUCUUGUCCGAACUCCCAAUCUCUCUCCUCGCUAUGCCCAGUUCCGCGUCCCGCUCAACUUCAACAAACUUGAUCUUCGUGACUACCUCGAGCGCGUAUAUGGCGUCGGUGUCGUUAGCAUCCGCAGCUACAUCGAGCAACAACCUAUUACCCGUAUCACCCGCGAUAACCGGAACUAUGGUGCAUGGCGACGGCCGCAAUCCAUUAAGCGGAUGACCGUCGAGCUGCAGGAGCCGUUCGUCUGGCCCGAGGAACCGAAGGACUUCAGCCGAUGGGAAAAGGAGUCCUGGGAUGCCACGGAGAAAUUCCAGCAAAAAAUGCGCAAGGAAAACGUCCAAAAGAGUGACGCAUCCGAACAGCCUGAUAAAGAUUUGCGCAAGGCGUACGAGGAGCAGGCAAAGGAAUUGAAGAACGAGGCUGAGGCGUGGCGGCCGACUUGGAAGGCCCUGGGUCUCGAAUUUGCGCGUAAGGAGAUGGCCAAGGGCAAGCACGCCCCGGCGCCGAAGUGGAUGAAGAAGACACCAUAA